AGCAAGUUUGAGUUGCCAACUUUUUAUUUGUCCAUCAGUGUUGUCGGUGGGUGCUGCGCCACCUUUGUGUGUUCUUUCUUCUCUGCUAAGCGCUUCCUUACGGUGAUUUCUUUCUCUCUCUGUGUGUGUGAGCCGGCAUUGUGCACCCCGCUUUGGUAAGCACACAAAUUCGCAUUACUAGUUUUCACCCCAUCUUUCUUCUCACAUACAAUUUGAAAAGCGGAAAGCGAGAAGCGAAGGGCCCUCAGAAAGAAGAAGCCGAACCUCUCGGGUCCCUCCGCUCCCUUUGAUCCGACCAGACGCCGUAUUCAUCGCUACCGCCCUCUCCUUUUUUUCUUCUUGGCGUUCACAGGCGGAGAAAGGAAAGCCUGUUCAUAGAUACGUCGAAGUAACGACGGCAAAAGGGUACUAUUCAAACGCGCUGCUGAAGUACUGCGCCAUGUCGCGUGUGUCCGUAGCUGCCGGCUCGAAGCCGAAGCCGAAGGAAUCCUUCAAGUUCCUGCGCCGCGACGAGGGACGACUGUCGUACUCCGCCGGUGGCACCGCCGAGUCGCCCGCGCGCAGCGUGGGCAACGGCAGCGAGGGCGACAAGACGAUAAAUCGCGAGCGGCGCGACUCGAAGUCGCUGCGGGAAGCGAUCGCAUUCGACAUGCGCAACGCGAAGAGUCACGACCCGCUCGGAGAGGUUGUCGUGGCGGUCCCACGGAAGGCCCCACCUCCAAACCGGGCCGCGAGCACCCCACCAACGCAGACAAACACCCACACCUCGAACAACAACCGUAGUGCCGCUGCCGGCUCGCGAGGGGAGUCGCGCGCGUCAGCCCAGCAGCAGCCGCGCCGGUCACCCGCGAGUGCUGCGGCGUUCAGGAAGCGGCCGGAGUGGAUCGACCCGGAAAUCCCGCCAGCGCGUGUGGAUGCGGCGGCGGUGCCCGAGUACGACCUCCCGCAGAGCAGCGCCAGUCGCAACUCCGAAGACGAGGGCGGUGUAGCGGAGUACGGCCGCUACGGUGGGCGGACACCCCGCCGCGCCGGCGGUGGCGCACCUGUCCCGCGCUACGUCGACGCUGACUACGCCGACUACGCCGACGUCAGCGCCGCCCAACCGUCCAACGUCGACCGCAACUUCUUCCGCCGUCCGCAGAACGUGCCGGCGCCGCCGGCGGCGUCGAGUCGAACUCGAGAGGAGGAGGACUUAAUGGUGAGUUUAGAGCAGGAGAUCCGCGCCGCGCAGGAGGAGCGGGAGCACUACGACCACGCCAAGCAGCAGCUGGAGCGGGAGAAGCAGCGUUUUGAGGCCUACCGCUUUAACGCGCAGAAGCAGCUCGAGGACGAGCGACUGAGCGCAGACGGCAACCGCGCACGCGACCAGCGUGACGCCCAGAAAGAUCUGCGCUCUGCGGAGGAGCGGUGCAAGAAUGUCUCGGCGCUGCUCGUGACGGAGCGGGAGGCAAACCGCCGGCUGUCGCAGGAGAACGACUCCCUGCGUGCCCAGCUCGAGGACCUGACCUCAACGCUGCGGGAGGCACAUCAAAUGCACAAGACGGAGGCGGCCCGCAUGCGCCGUGACAUCGACUCGCUGACUCGCCGCAAUGCGGAGCUGCUGGCGAUGGCGAAGGAGCAGCAGCUCUCCUCGCUGGAGGAGAACAACACGAAGACGAAACCCGCACCGGCGCUGUGGAAAGCCGGCGCGGGCUCACGGCACGUCUCCGCAGCGCGAGACCGCAGCUCGGCCCCGCAGACGCCCUCGCUCGAUGCCGGAGAGCCCUCCGCGUCGGAGCGCCGUACCUCGGCGCAGAGCACAACGAGCAGCACCGCCAACAACCACAGCGCACCGCAAGUGAUGGACUUCACGCCACGGGCGAACGCCGGCGAGGAGGCCGCGCGGGAGAGGCGCAAUCGGCAGAUGCAGGAGCGCAUCCAGGCGGAGCAGGCAGAGAUGGAGGAGCGGCGGAGGCAGCGGGAGGCGGACAUGGCUCGAAGGGAGGAAGAGGAGGCGGCUCGAAGGGAGGAAGAGGAGGCAGAGCGGCAGCGGCAACGCGAGAAGCAGGAGAAGGAGCGGCGUGAGCGGGGAGCCUCCACCGCCUCGUCGGCAGCAACGGCGGCUAAGCCGGUGGAGGAGCGCAAGUCUGCCGGACACCCGGUGAACACGCCGCGCAUGCAGUCGAGCGGGGCGGCAGCGGCAGCAGCAGCGAAGAAGCGGCUGCCCGUGACGGCUCCCCACCCGCCGGUGCCGCCGAAGCCGUCGCGCAUCGUCGUGCCCACCCGCGAAGAACUUCUCGGCGACAUGGAGCAGGCGCCCGAGGAGGACUUCCCGAAUGACAGCGCCGUGUCGGAGACGGCGCUGGGCGACAACCCCAACAAGAAGGAGACCCUCUACCGCAGCGGCAAGCGUGAGAUUCACUACGCCAACGGCACGGUGAAGGCGGUGCUGCCGUCGGGGCAUACAAUUCUGCACUUCACCAACGGCGACGUCAAGUGCACCUUCCCAUCCGGCAAGAGCACCUACUGGUACGACGCAGCGCAGACGGCGCACACGCAGAUGCAGGACGGGGUGCAGACCUUCGAGUUUCGCACGACGGGGCAGGUGGAGCGUCACCUGCCGGAUGGCAGCAAGUCCAUUCUGUACCCCGAUGGCAUCUACAAGGUAGUGCACAAGGACGGCAGCGAUGAGACCUACUACCCAGAUGGCGAGCCGAUGGAGGAGUAA